AUGGAUGAUCGGCAGGAGAGCCAAACAACCAGCAGUGCGAGGCCAUGCUUGAAGCGGAAGCUGGAUCCAGAAUUCCAAGGCCAAAACCAGGCUCGCAAGAUUCUCGUCGUCGAAGACCCAAACACAGACGUGCAAUCAAACUCAACCGCCACAAGUGCCUCCUUUUCCAGAUCCUAUUGGAAUUACGACGUCUUCCUGAGUUUUAGAGGUGAAGACAACCGCAAGAACUUCACCGAUCACCUCUACUCCGCCUUGGUGCGAGUCGGAAUUCGUACCUUCCGAGAUGACGAGGAGCUUCGAAGAGGAAAGACCAUCUCUACCGAGCUACUCAAUGCAAUCCGUGGAUCGAGGAUUUCCAUUGUGGUUUUCUCCAAAGGCUAUGCUUCUUCCCGGUGGUGCCUUGAUGAACUUGUGGAAAUUGUGCACUGUAGGAACACCAAAGGCCAUACUCUUCUUCCCAUAUUUUAUCACGUGGACCCCUCGGAUGUCCGAAAACAAGCCGGAACUUUUGCCGAAGCGUUUGCUAGGUAUGAAGAGUGGUUGCAGACCGAUAUGGAGAGGGUGCAGAGGUGGAGAGUAGCUCUUACUGAAGCUGCAAAUUGUUCCGGCUGGAAUCUCGAGAGUCUUGCAAAUGGGUAUGAAUCAAGCUUCAUUGAGAAGAUUGUUGCACAAGUUUCUUGUGAAGUGGAACCCAUUGGCUUGAAUGUUGCUAGACACCCAAUAGGAAUAAAUUAUCGUGUUGAUCGGGUUAAAGAUUUAUUAGAUCUUGGAACAAGUGAUGUUCGCAUUGUAGGAAUUUACGGGAUGGGUGGAAUAGGUAAAACAACCAUCGCAAAAGCUGCCUAUAACCAAAUAUGUUAUGGAUUUGAAGGAAGUAGUUGUCUUUUAAACAUUAAAGAAAUUUCAGAACAGCCUAAUGGUUUAGUUCGAUUACAAGAACAACUUCUUUAUGAUAUUUUAAAAAUGAAGAAUUUGAAGAUUGACAGUGUUGAUCAAGGAAUCAAUUUGAUUGAGAAAAGAAUUCAUGGAAAAAGAGUUCUUGUUGUUCUUGAUGACGUGGAUGACAUGGGACAAUUACACGCAUUAGUCGGAAACUCAGAAUGGUUUGGUCCGGGAAGCAGAGUCAUUGCAACAACUAGAGAUGAACAUAUGCUAAUUAAAUUGGGCGUACAUGGAAAAUAUAAGGUUGAAGAAUUGGGAGAGGAGGAGUCUCUUCAACUUUUCAAUUUGAAUGCCUUCGGCAUCCGUCAUCCAAAAGAAGAUUACUUGGAGCUUUCAAUUGGUGUAAUGAAGUAUUGUAGAGGACUUCCAUUAGCUCUUGAAGUUUUGGGUUCUUUUUUAUUAGGAAGAAGCAUUGGUGAAUGGAAAAGCGAAUUGGAAAAAUUACAAAAAAUUCCUCACCACCAGAUUCAAGAAAUACUUCGAAUAAGUUUAAAAUCACUAGAUGAUGGUACAAUGGACAUAUUUCUUGAUAUUGCAUGUUUCUUUGUCGGUAUGGAUAAAGAAUAUGUCAUCAAAAUACUUGAUGGAUGUGGUUUCUUUCCAGUUAUUGGUUUCAAUAUUCUCGCUCAGAGAUCCCUAGUGACAAUUGAUCACAAAAAUAAGUUAAGGAUGCAUGAUCUUAUUCGAGAUAUGGGAAGGGAGAUUAUUCGUGAAAAGUCACCCAAUUUGCCUGGAAAACGUAGUAGGUUGUGGUUUCACGAGGAAGUCUUAAAUGUAUUACGCAACCAUACGGGAUCGAAAACAGUGGAGGCUCUCAUCUUAAAUCUCUCUGAACUUGAAGAUGUAAAUUUGGAAACUGAAGCAUUUACAAAUAUGAAGAAUUUGAGAUUGCUCCAAAUCAAUGUUGUACAUCUCACAGGAUCGUAUGAACAUCUCUCUAAAGAGCUAAGAUGGUUUUGUUGGCAUAAGUGCUCUUUGACAUUUCUACCACAAAAUUUUUAUCUAGAGAACCUUGUUAUUCUUGACAUGCAACAUAGUAAUCUCAAACAAGUUUGGAAGAAGAACAAAAUACUCAAAAAGUUGAAGGUCCUUAAUCUUAACAAUUCCAAAUAUCUCACCAAAUCACCAGACUUCUCUCAAGUGCCACAACUGGAGAUACUGAUACUUGAAGGUUGCAUAAGCUUGGUUCAGGUUCAUGAGUCCAUUGGAAAUCUAAAAAGACUCAUUUCGCUAAAUUUAGAAGGAUGUAAAAACUUGAGGAAUCUUCCAAGAAGCAUUUCGAAUUUAAAAUCUCUUGAAACUUUUAACUUGUCUGGCUGCUUAAAAGUUGAAAAGUUACCAGAGGAAUUUGGGAAUAUGAUGGCUUUAACAGAAUUGCUUGCAGAUGGAAUUGCUAUUAAGCAACUACCAUCCUCCUUUGGUCUUUUGAAGAAUCUUAAAACUCUAUUAUUAUCUGGAUGUAAAGAACAAUCCUCUAAAUCUUGGUUGUCACUUCUCUCAUCAUGGAUGUCACCAAAAAGCUUGAACCCUGUAAGUUUGCUACCAGCUUCCAUUUCUGGAUUACGUUCUUUGACAACACUAGAUCUCUCUGAGCGCAAUUUGUCUGAAGAUGGGAUUCCUAUUGAUCUUGGGAAUUUAUCUUCACUCCGGAAUUUGGAUUUAUCAUGA